AUGACUUGGACUCCUUCAAUUGCUAUUCUAUUGUUACUUUUGGUUGCUGGUUCGAUCGGAGCUGGAUCAAAACAGCGCCGUGAAGUAGCUGUACACGAUGGUAAAUGUCCAUUAAGUCAUUUUCCCAUUCCUAUUCGUUGUCGUCGUCGUGUUUGUCUUCCACAAGAAUUAGUUCCAUUGUGCAACGGUGAUGGUGACUGCUCAACAACACACAAAUGUUGUCGUCCUAUGUGUUCGUGCCGUGUUCGAUGUGUUGCAGCUGUUCUUGAAUAG